CCAAAGCCAGAGGAGCGGCCUUGCCAGCCCCAAGAAGGCGAGGAGCCCCCAGGCGGGGGCGGGGUGCAAAGGGGCAGAGAGAGGCCCGGCCAGCGUGGAGGAAGGGCUAAAGCGCCGCCGCCGCCUCCUCGGUGCCAUUGGUGGUCACAGAGUCUCUGGAGAUGGGACAGCUGCACAGCAGCAGAAGGGCCCGUGUGGACCUGCCGUGCCUGGUGGACCUGAGCCCCAUGCCGGAUGAACUGGUGGUGCAGAUCCUGAGCUGGGUGCCCGGCCGGACCCUGGUGACCCGCUGCCGCCUGGUGUGCCGUCAGUGGAGGGACCUCAUUGACAGCCCCACCCUCUGGAAGCUUCUGCUGAAGAGGAAACCACCUCAGCCCGGGGUGCGGGAAGCGCUCCUGGAGGCCUCCAGCCACAUCCCCCAAAUGGAGUGGAGCCGGGUGGUUCUCCUGGAGCCCUUUGGGCGCAACCUGAUCAAAAACCCCUGUGGGAGAGAACGGUUCCAACACUGGACCAUCCAUCAUGGCGGGAACGGAUGGGAAGUGGAAGGCAACAGGCACCAUCUGGAAGGAGCCGAGGCCCAGACCUGUUUUGUCUCCUCAUAUUCCUCUUGUACCAAAUCGCAGGUGGUGGAUCUGCUGCGGGAAGGCUUGUGGGAGGACCUGUUGGACACCUGCCAACCUGAUAUUUGUGUCUCUGACUGGUGGGGGGCCAGAGAGGAUUGUGGCUGCAUGUACAAGAUGCGUGUCAGCCUCUUGGCAAAGGACAAGAGAUCGGUUAUUGCUGAGUUCAUGGCAGAGCCAGACCCCAUCCCACAAUGGAACAGUGCAGAAUAUCAGCAGGUAUCCCACGUAUUCAGAAGUUAUGGACCUGGAGUUCGCUACGUACAUUUCUUUCACGAAGGGCAAGACACACAAUUCUGGGCAGGACAUUAUGGAGCACGUGUGACCAACUCCACAGUCCUGGUGAAAGCCUCGCGGCACCCUCUGUAAUCUCCAUGUGGGAUGGUAUUUCACUUCCACCAGCUUCCUGGAGCAAACCGCUCCAGAUGAGGAAGGCCUGGCACCCAGUCUCAUCUUCGACAUAUUAUUUCUGGAGAGGUGAAAUGAAAGGACAGUGCAGCUUCGUCUGAGGAUCGCUUCAGAGGGACAGAGAACCAGACAUGGAUAGAAUGAUUUCUGCUUGAAUAAAAAUAAGGGACUGAAGGAUGAUUUUAUGACAACAGAUUUCUCCUCCAUUAAUUUGUCCAGUCCCUGCUUAAAGCCAUCUAAGCAUCUUCUGGUAAACAGAAACUGACUAGAGUUCUGGAAUAAAGAUUUAAUAGCAAUCAGUGAGUGAAAUGCAGCUUCCAGCCCUCGGCUCCACUGAAAACUCCUGUGCCCAGCCGCUGCCUCUCCGUCAACCGCACGCAACUCCUCCUGUCCCCAGACCCUGCAGUGCUGCGUGAGGUUCUCACACGGGCGCUUUACUCCUUCUCGGGAGCUGCAGACAUCCUGUUGCUUGCAUCUCCCCUCUUGUAGUUGUGAAAUGCCAUAACACCAUGAGGGGGGGAAGGGAAAGGAGGGGUCCACUGGGGCAGUCAGUCCACAGCAGACAUGUUGCACUUGCAAAUAAGCAGCGGCACUAUGUGAUAGAACAGGCCCAGAGACAGGAGUUAAGCCAUUCAAAUGUCAUAAUCGGUAGAGGUUGCCGGUUCAAAUCCCCGCUGGUCUGUUUCCCAGACUAUGGGAAGCACCUCUAUUGGGCAGCAGCGAUAUAGGAAGGUGCUGAAAAGGCAUCAUCAUCUCAUACUGCACGGGAGGAGGCAAUGGUAAACCCCUCCUGUAGUUGACCAAAGACAACCACAGGUCGCCAGGAGUCGACACCAACUUGACGGCACAACUUUACCUUUACUUUUUUAUUUUCAAGAGAUUUCUCUUUCUGAAGGUGGGGAGUAGAGGGGCAGAUUUCACCAGCCCUGACAGAAAUUCUUCUCAGCUGCUACUAGGGCAAAAGGCAAAAAGAGCAGGAAACAGGCACCAUUCUCCAGCCCCCCUCUGCACAAUUGCCCCACUCCCCUUUUUAAAGGCAAUUUUUUAAAAAAUGAGAAAAAUCAAAACCAAUUUAAUUUUUGAAAAUUGCAAUAAAUUUGGUUUUGGAGAAGUUAUUAAUAAAUUAUUAUAUCAGCAACCCAUGGCUAAAAUUAGUCAAUGGAGUAUUACCGGAACCUAUUGAAUUAAAAAGUGGUGUGUGGCAAGGAUGUCCUCUGUCCCCUCUUCUGUUUAACUGGUAUAUUGAAAUAAUGGCGAUAGCAGUGUGCCGUGAAGAAAAGGUAUUGGGGAUUAAAACAUCAACAAAAGAGCACAAGCUAGCUUUACUCUCUGUCUUUCCAUUCGGCCAAAUAGGAAUUUCAAGCCUUGAUUUCUAUGAGCAGAUUUCAGCAACAAACAAAAAAACAGGGGACUUGUAAUCACUUCUGGUGAGAACAGAACUUUUUUUUUCCCUUCAAGGAGACAUCCCCGUUGUAUACCUACACCCAGUCCUGAGAAGGUACUUUAAUAAAGAUUUGAGGGGAAAUACGUUUUAAAAGGA